CCUUUGAAAAAUGAACCAUUUUGAAAAAUUAUUGUAAAUGAUCUAUUUUACUAAGAAAACACAUCCGUACCCCGUGGAUCUGGCUGUGGUGAAGAAGGUGAUGAGCAUCGCCGAUGGAAACUUCGUGAUCACCGACGUUAACGGCAACGUGGCCUUCAAAGUCCAGGGCUCCCUCAUGACCCUCCGUGACCGCCGUGUCCUCCUCGACGCCGCCAGCCACCCCCUCGUGACCCUCCGCCGCAAGAUGAUGACAGCACAUGAUCGGUGGCAAGCUUUCAGAGGGGAAAGCACAGACGCCAAAGAUCUAAUAUUUUCUCUGAAGCGAUCGUCCCUUAUUCAGUUUAAGACGAAAUUGGAUGUGUUUUUGGCUAAUAACACCAGAGAAGAUAUUUGUGACUUUAAGGUCAAAGGUAGCUGGUUUGAACGGUCCUGCGCUGUUUAUGCUGGUGAAUCUAACAAUAUCGUUGCCCAGAUGCAUAAAAAGCACACAGUUCAGAGUAUUUUGAUUGGAAAAGACCAUUUCAUGGUGACGAUUUAUCCGAACAUUGAUUAUGCGUUCAUAGUGGCGAUAAUAGAUCUUGACGAGAUUAACGAUGAUGCAAGAGAAGAAUAGAGAAGUUGGGAAACCGCUUUGUACUUUUCCAUUUGGAUUUCUUAUAAGGAGCAGGAUCAUUCUGAACAAACAAUCCUUAAAUAAGAAGUAAUCCUAUUGAAGUUC